GGUGUUGGAAAAAUGACUCAUAGUUUGUUAGUUGUACUGUUAAUGUUAUAUCUUAACAGGGUUGUACUGGGUAGUUGACAGAAAAAAAAAAGAAGUAAACUUGCCACUGCAGUGGGCUUUGGUAAACUCAACAGUAUAUUAUCAAAAGAGUAUGCUUGCAAUAAAUUUCUUCGUAUAAAAGAUAAUACCCUUAGAAAGGCCUACGGCAAUGUUGUGAAGACUGAAGAAGUGAAAACAGUGAAAAUCUGUCCACUGGGUUUUGAAAUUUGACUCAGUUUGAGAUUGAAACUCCGGUUGAAGACCUGAAUCCCCAAAAGUGUGUGUGUGGAAAAAGUCAGUUCAAACACAUAGGGUCAGCUGCUUCAGAAACACAAAGUAAUAUGGAGGAUUUGGAUGCACUUUUAGCUGAUCUUCAAAACACUACAGUCAACUUGAACCACUCUGGACCUGGCUACCAGUCUUCUUCUCCUCCACUGGAAGAUUACCCAGCUUACAGUCAGCCAUCAAUGGCUGAUCAUGGUUCGCCCAUUUAUCAGAAUCAGCAAGUGAUCAGAGAGGUAACCAUGACUACUACUCCUAUUUUUCCUGAACGUUCACUUAGCCCCAAGCAAGAUGUGUCUUUAGAGAACAACUUAUCAGAAUUGGACACUCUCUUAGAAGAUCUGAACUCUGCAAGAUUCAUGACUUACCCAGGAACAAAAGGAUACCAAUACCAGUCAACAGUUAAUGGUCCCUCCAGCCCCGCCCCUACUUCUCCAAGGUACCACACCAUCUCUCCUUCAGGCAGCACCAGCAGCAGUGGCAUUCAAGAUGUUGGACCCUCAGUAGAGAGCCUGUUGGAUGAGCUACAGAAUGCUGUCCCAGAAACAAUCAAACAUAGACCUACUCCUGUGUUAACCCAACCCACUCAUCGUGAGACUGUCACUACUGUCAGCUACCCAUCACCAGCUGGUCACUAUUCAACCUCAACUACACCAAUGGCAUCUUCAGCCACCAAGGAGUUAGAUGAUCUCAUGGCUUCUCUCUCUGAUUUUAAGCUGAACAACACCAGCCAAUCAAGUGGGGAACCAGCUUAUGCCAAGCCUCAGAAACUACCUAAACAGCCUCCUGCCCCAACUCCAAAUACUUCUACAGUUGCUGGCCGUAAUAAUCACCUGGACUCCAUGUUGGGUACUCUUCAGUGUGAUAUGAACAAACAGGGAGUUAACACUACAGCUAAGGGCCACUGUGCUGCUUGUAACAAACCCAUUGUUGGACAGGUGGUUACUGCUUUAGGGAAAACAUGGCACCCAGAACAUUUCACCUGUAACCACUGUAACCAGGAACUUGGAACAAAAAACUUUUUUGAGCGAGAUGGAGAACCUUACUGUGAAACAGACUAUCACAACAUCUUUUCUCCACGUUGUGCUUAUUGUAAUGGGCCAAUUCUUGAUAAAUGUGUUACAGCUUUGGACAAAACUUGGCAUCCAGAACACUUUUUCUGCACCCAGUGUGGCCGACAGUUUGAUGAAGAAGGUUUUCAUGAACAAGAUGGAAAACCGUAUUGUCAAGAUGACUAUUUUGAGCUGUUUGCUCCUAAAUGUGGUGGCUGUAAUCGUCCAAUAACAGAAAACUAUAUCUCAGCACUGAACAAUCAGUGGCACCCAGAAUGUUUUGUUUGUAUGGACUGCAGGCAGUCAUUCAAUGGAGGAAGUUUCUAUGAUCAUGAGGGACAACCAUACUGUGAAACUCACUAUCAUGCAAAACGAGGCUCGCUCUGUGCUGGUUGCCACAAGCCCAUUUCUGGCCGUUGUAUCACAGCCAUGUUCAGAAAGUUCCACCCAGAGCACUUUGUAUGCUCAUUCUGUCUUAAGCAGCUGAAUAAGGGAACCUUUAAGGAACAGAAUGAUAAGCCCUACUGUCAUGCUUGUUUUGAAAAACUUUUUGGUUAAACCUGAGAUUGGAAAUGAUGAAGUUUGUUUUGUGAAAGUUGUACAACUUUUUUUUUUUAUUGUGAAUCUCAUCAACUGAAAUUUUAGUUUUAUUAUUUUGAGUGGCCUAGUACAGCUUGGAUAAUUUGAGAAGUUUUGGGUUCAGUCAUUGUUCUUAAGUAUUAGCAUGUACUUGUUAGGCUUUGAAAUUUUGUUGUUUGCUGUAGUAUAUAUUAUGGAAAAAAACAGAGAUAACUUACAUUGGGGCAGCUGGUUUCCAUAAUGCACUUAUAUAGGUACUAUGUUGCUAGGAAUAUUCAAAAGCUAUGACACCUCAGUUUUGUAAUAUAAAUUUUAACAGUUUUUAAUCUUAGAGUUUUAUAUCUCAUUUUUACAAUAAUCAGUUAGGCAGGAACAUCUACAUAUUGGUUGAAGCUAUUUAAGUAUUAAAUGAUUGUUUUGGAUUUGCAUGUUAAAUAUAUAAAUCAAUGUAUUUGUCACGUGAACAAUCAUAGUUUUUAGCUAUUUGAAUGAAUGAAACAUAGCGAUAUGCCCAACAACUAUAUACUUUUGUGCAAAUGUAAGCUAAGUUUUUCCUAUCAAUUCCAUUAGAUAGAACAGUUCAACUGUUUGAAGUACAUUUUACAAAUUAUUGGAUGUGUAUUCUUAGCUGGCUGAAUGAAUGUACAUUGACCAGGUGGUUGAAAGGAUGUGUUUUAGCUAACUGAAUGGUUUUACUUUGUUUUCAUUUUAUCAAAAGACUUGCUCAUUUUUUAGUUAGUCAAAUGAACAUGCAUUGCUCAGAUGAUUGUUUGAUGUGCAUAGUUUAGCUAGAAAAUUUAAGGUACAAGGUUAAAAUGAAUGUAAGUCAUGGAUAAUUACCUCUUAAAAAUGUCAAUACUAGAAAUUCUGGUAAACACCUGUUUUUAAGUCAUGGUCCUUGAAAAGUUCUAAAAUUUCAGUUUCAGUAAAAAUCUCUCAUGAAAUAAUCGAUGUCUUUGAAAAAAAGGUUAAACAAACAAAAAGUUUGGUUAUUGAAAUUGGGUUUCUUUAUAUUUUGUGUCAGUCAUUGUUAAUCUUGUGCCUCACAAAACUCAAAACUGUUGCAAUCUCUGCUGGCAGACAAAUUUUGUAAAUUAAAGUAAUGCAAAAUGGAAGUUUAAUUCUGCAUGACAGGAUUUGAGAGUCCUGGAAUUUUCCUUUGUAAAAUCUGUAUGAACUCUAAUUUUUCAGUGCAUUGAAAGAAUGUGCAGUGUUUAGCUAGAGGAAUGAAGGCUCAUUGUUUUGUUGAUUGUUUUUUUUUCUAUUGUCAACUUAUUACACUGAUGACUUAAGUUGUUGGUGAAAAGAUUUUCUGGUUUGCUUAUACUUCAGAAGAGUGUAACCUCAUAAGAACUGAUAAUCAUGAUUUACUUGUAAAGAAAAUUAAACCAAUAGCUAUUUUAUUAAUUUGUACGAAGUUACAGUUGACAUUAAUGCAUAUGCACUUGACCUCUGUAUCUCUGACUUGCAUGAUUUUAAUGUAAUUUGAAAAUGAUUUUAGAUAAGUAAUUUCAUUAUUCACUUCCUGAUUCUUCCAGAACGUUCAGAAAAACCCUUGUUAAAGUUUACAAAGAUAUAUAUGUAUCUGUUGUCAUGUUUCUUACUACUUUCAAUGAUACCUCAAAAAGCUAUCCAGUGCAUAUUUUAAUGCUGGUGAUUAUUUUUCACAUAUUUGGACAAAAGUAUGCAUGGUUCAUAAGUCAUGAGAAGCUUACUUUGAAAUGAUGAUAUUUGGAGAUGUUUUCAAAACCUUAACUAAAGCCUAUUAAAAAGUAACAAAUGACAACACAUUCAUUAAAACCUCUUUAUAACCAGGUUUUCAUGACGAAGUUUAUCAUAAGUUCAAUAAUCAUAUUUGCAUUUUGAAGGAAAUAAUGUACAUUAAAAGGUGGAAUUGUUUUGUAUAAAUGUGUUAAAUGAUAUCACAACUUGGGAAGAUUCCAUGUUAUUUGAAUCUCUUUUCAGUUACUAUUUUUUUAGUUAUAUUUGUGUAUUGUUGGUUCAGUGACUGCUCAUGCACUUUUUGGAAAUGUGAAAGAUUAAAGAAGGAUUUUGUAUGGUAGACAACUGUAAAAAAACAGUAUUUUGCCAACAGUUGAGGUCCAUUUAUUCUAAAAUAACACAAAGCCAUAGUUGUGUGUAUAUUGCAACUUUGCCUUUUUAUUAGGUGUUUUCUUAAAUGCAAAAACUGUUAAACAGUUUCUGUUGCCAUAUGUUUUAAAUCCUUAACCAUUAGAUUUUGUACAUGAUGCAAUCUUGGCAUAAUGUUUGCAUGAUUAGCAGUUUGAACACGUACUUGAUGUUUACAUUUUGUAAAGAAAUAUUUCAAACGUUUUUUUUCUUCUUUCUGUAAUGUAUAUCACAGUCCAAUUAUCUUGGAUAACUAUGUAUGUGACCUGGAACAUGUGUUGUGCUAUUCGUAGGGGGUCUAAAUUGUGUAACAAUUUGACACAAAGUAGCUUAGGAACCAUACAUGUUUUUCAAUUUAUAUGUUAUACAUUUCAUACUUUUUAAAUAUAUUCAUUGUUCACUGGUUACAGCUAGCACGUGUAAAUGUGGGUCAAGUGAGUUACAUGGGGAAGCAAUCUCAAAGUCUUGUUCCAUACAGCUUUGAAAUAAAUAACUUUUUAUUAUGA